AUGAAGUUCACCACCAGCAUCCUGGCCGCUGUCCUCAGCACCGCCGCCUUCGCCUCCCCAGUUGAGAUCGAGGCCCGCGACACCCCAGCUGUCGACAUGAUGGUCGCCGCCGCUCCUCAGUGGACCAUCGAGAGCAUGAAGCGCGUCUGCGCCUCCGGCACCUGCAACUGGAGCUUCAAGAUCGACAACCACGUCGCCGCCCCAGUGACCUGCAAGUUCUCGGUCAAGGGCUCCCCAGCCACCCAGACCGACUCCAGCGGCAACCAGUGCGGCAUCUACACCGUCUCUACGGGCUGGUCUGGCCAGUUCGGCGCUGGCAACGGCUUCACCACCCUUGCGGUCGUCGACAACAACAAGAAGCAAAUCAUCUACCCAGCUUACACCGACAAGCAGCUGGCAUCCGGCAAGGUCGUCAAGCCAGACCAGAGCUACACUCCCCAGAACCUCCCAUAG